UAGUACUAUAGCUGCUACCAUGGCAAAGGGUAAAUGUGGCAGGAACAGUUAUUAUGACGGCCUGGUGGAGAUGUGCAAACCCUGCUACCUCCGUUGCUCCAACUCGCCUCCUGUCAGCUGCACCUCAUACUGCUCCAGAUCGUCGGAAAGCCCGGAGCCGGACAACAGCAACGUGUGGGUCAUCUUGCUCGUCUUCUUGUUCCUGAACGCUUUCACAGCGGUGGCCCUGCUUGUUCACGUACUGCGCAAAAAAAGGUGCAGGCAGCUCUCCGUCGAAAAAGGGUCUAACCAAGAUCAGGCGGAGGAGUCGGGAAGCGAGGGAGGUUGUGACGCUACCGAGCAGACUGACACAGCAAAGGACGGGGGCUCGUCGACCUGGUACCCUGCACCAGAGGAGGAGAGCAGCGACUCCCAGUACAACUCAAGUCUGCCGCUGCCCUCCACCGAAGAGGGUACUACUAUACUGGUGACCACAAAAACGGCACAGACCUACAGCUACGCAUCCCACUGCACAGAGGACAAGACCUUGGGCUUGUGGGGCUCGGUGUGUGUGACCUGAGUGACGACUGCCAGCAGCAGCGUUCUCCUGACUGGAGAUCAGACUGCUCUUGAACUACGAAAGGUGGUU